AUGCCUUUCAGGCACUUGCACUUGCGGGUGAAGCCACAGCCAUCCACAGCUUCCGGCGCGGAAAAACCGUGUGAAAAACCCAUGCCGAGCGGCAUGCCUAGAGACCCCGGCAUGGCGAUGGCAGAGGGCCCGCCCAGCGGAUAUGAGCCAUGCCAGGGCAACGAGCGUGGCGGCGGAUCCAUGGCGGCCGUAUCUCAGCUCUUCACCCGUCUCGCACAGGAAAUUGAGGAGCAGAAACCUAAGAACUGCAUCCAUUUCGUGGUGGAUUUCCUGUGCAAGCACUAUCCUGAACACUUGCAUGGUUUCGCUUCAAUCUGGCAGAUGGACCCAGACCUGGAGCGAGAACGGCACGAGGUGGUGAAUUUCUUCAAGGCGCACAAGAUCUCCACCGCCGUGGCAGCGCACUUCACCAACGCAGGGUAUGAUACUUUGGAUACCUUGACCACCUUAUCUCCCGACAGUUUGGUUGAUGUGGAGGCCUUCAAUAACGUGAAGUGGCUCCCAGGUCACAAGGUGCGAUUGCAGCAGAUCUUCAGUGAGAUCUCAGCUCGCGUUCGGGCGUACCGCCAGCAAUAUGGAGAGGGUGCCCGACAACCACGUCGCCACCAGCCUCAACAGGGGCAGCAUCAUCACGCGCAUGCUGAGAGAAGGUACGACUCGGACCAUGGUUUUCACCAUCAUGCGGGGGCCCAUCAUGACAGCUAUCAGCCCCGGAACCACUCCCCGCCGCGUCACGAAGUGCAUAGCUAUGCGCACGGACAUGCGGCGCUGUCGCAUCACGCUCAGGCCCCCCAGCACGACCAGCGACACGUGGCCUUUGCCGGUGGCUUCAGCGGUGGUUACAAUGGUGGUUUCGCUCCACCACAAGCAGUGGCUCCGUCCAUGGCGCCCUGUCCAGUCACGGUGACUGCAGCACCAUGCCACGGCGGUGUCAUGGCGCCGGUGCCGAUGGCGGGGAGCGGCCUGGUGCCAUGUGGCGGCAGUGUACACGGAGGAGAGAGUGGCCACACAUCUCCCGUACGUCGUGCAGCGCCAGCGAUGAUGCCGGCAGGCGCCGCGGUAGUACGUCCCAUGGAAGGGGGGAUGAAGCUGCAGCCGGGCUUGACCCCGUCACCCAACAUCUUCUUGUCCAAUCCGGGGCUACUUCCUCCAGGAUGAGGACCUUGCGAAAGCUCCGCGGCGCCAGCGAGUUUGCGGUGUCAGAAGCAGAUGCAUUUUACCAAC